AUGGCAACCAGCGCCGUCCCCAGUGACAACCUCCCCACCUACAAGCUGGUGGUGGUGGGGGAUGGGGGCGUGGGCAAGAGUGCCCUCACCAUCCAGUUCUUCCAGAAGAUCUUUGUGCCUGACUACGACCCCACCAUCGAAGACUCCUACCUGAAACACACAGAGAUUGACAAUCAGUGGGCCAUCUUGGACGACCUAGUCAGGGACACCAAGAAGGCAGCCUGGCUGCUGUAUGGCUCCCUGGGGAGAGAUGGCAGGGCCGAGUGGCCAAGGAGGGCCUUCAGAGUGCCUGAGGCAGAACCUGAUGGUCUCUUCUUUUCUUGGUCUGAAUUGCUGCUCUGUCUGGGGGUUCAGGCUCGCUGUCUGGAGGAAUGUCUUAGCAAGAAGCCUCCCAUGCAGGCCUGGAUCCACUUCCCGGACGUGGAGCGGGUCGAGUGGGCCAACAAGAUCAUCUCCCAGAUCUGGCCCUACCUGAGCUUAAUUAUGGAAAGCAAGAUCCGGGAGAAACUCGAGCCCAAGAUCCGGGAGAAGAGCGUCCACCUGAGGACCUUCACCUUCACCAAGCUCGACUUCGGACGGAAGUGCCCCAGGGUCAACGGCGUCCAGGCGCACACCAGCAAGCACAACCGGAGGCAGGUGGUCCUGGACCUGCAGAUCUGCUACAUCGGGGACUGCGAGAUCAGCGUGGAGCUGCAGAAGAUACAGGCUGGUGUGAACGGGAUCCAGUUGCAGGGCACGCUGCGGGUCAUCCUGGACCCCCUCCUGGUGGACAAGCCCUUCGUGGGAGCCGUGACUGUGUUCUUCCUUCAGAAGCCGCACCUGCAGAUCAACUGGACAGGCCUGACCAACCUGCUGGACGCGCCGGGAAUCAAUGAGAUGUCAGACAGCCUGCUGGAGGACCUCAUCGCCGCCCACCUGGUGCUGCCCAACCGCGUGACUGUGCCCGUGAAGAAGGGCUUGGAUGUGACCAACCUGCGCUUCCCUCUGCCCUGCGGGGUGAUCAGAGUCCACUUGCUGGAGGCGGAGAAGCUGGCCCAGAUGGACCACUUCCUGGGGAUCCGAGGCAAGUCGGACCCCUACGCCAAGGUGAGCAUCGGCCUGCAGCACUUCCGCAGCAAGACCGUCUACAAGAACCUGAACCCCACCUGGAACGAGGUGUUUGAGUUCUUAGUGUACGAAGUCCCUGGGCAGGACCUGGAGGUGGACCUGUAUGACGAGGAUCCUGACAGGGACGACUUCCUGGGCAGCCUGCAGAUCUGCCUCGGGGAUGUCAUGACCAACAGAGUGGUGGAUGAGUGGUUUGUCCUGAAUGACACAACCAGUGGGCGGCUGCACCUGCGGCUGGAGUGGCUUUCACUGAUCGCUGACCCUGAGGCUCUGACUGAGGACCACGCUGGCCUUUCCACUGCCAUCCUUGUGGUCUUCUUGGACAGCGCCUGCAACCUGCCGAGAAACCCUUUUGACUACCUGAAUGGUGAAUAUCGAGCCAAAAAACUCUCCAGAUUUGCCAAGAAUAAGGUGAGCAGAGACCCUUCUUCCUAUGUCAAGCUAUCUGUAGGCAAGAAGACAUAUGUGAGUAAGACCUGUCCCCGCAGCAAGGACCCUGUGUGGAGCCAGGUGUUCUCCUUCUUUGUGUGCAAUGUGGCAUCUGAGCAGCUGCGUCUCAAGGUCCUGGAUGACGACCAGGAGUGUGCUCUGGGAGUGCUGGAGUUACCCCUGUGCCAGAUCCUCCCCUAUGCAGACCUGACCCUUGAGCAGCGCUUCCAGCUGGACCACUCGGGCCUGGACAGCCUCAUCUCCAUGAGGCUGGUGCUUCGGUUCCUACGUGUGGAAGAACGAGAGAUGGGGAGCCCAUACACAGGACCUGAAGCCCUAAAGAAAGGCCCUCUGUUCAUUAAGAAGGUGGCCACCGAUCAAGGUCCCAAAGAUCCACCCCAGGGAGAGGGUCCUGCAGACUUGCCCUGCCCCCCAGACCCUGCUUCUGGUACCAAGGAAGCCUCCAAGAGCACCACGCCAGCCACCAGUGCCACCACUGCUGCCACCGAGCCCACACCCCAAGCGACAGGCCCAGAGCCGAAAGGCAAGGACAGUGCCAAAGGUUUCUGUGAGCCCAUGGGGGAGAAGAAGAGUUCGACUUCCAUCUUCCUGACUGUCCCAGGCCCCCACUCUCCAGGGCCCAUCAAGUCACCCAGACCCAUGAAAUGCCUUGCCUCCCCAUUCGCAUGGCCACCCGCGAGGCUGGCUCCCAGCAUGUCCUCGCUCAACUCCCUGGCCACUUCCUGCUUUGACCUGACAGAUAUCAGCCUCACCAUUGAGGGCAGGGAUUUCAGGCCGCGGAGGCUGGGCGAGAUUCAGCUCACGGUGCGUUAUGUAUGUCUGCGGCGCUGCCUCAGCGUGCUAAUCAACGGCUGCAGAAACCUGACACGCUGUACCAGCAGUGGAGUUGAUCCUUAUGUCCGUAUCUACUUGUUGCCAGAAAGGAGGUGGGCAAGUCGUAAGAAGACCUCAGUGAAGCGGAAGACCGUAGAACCCUGGUUCGAUGAGACAUUUGAAUUUUUUGUUCCCUUGGAAGAAGUACAGAAGAGGUCACUAGACGUUGCAGUGAAAAACAGUAGGCCACUUGGCUCACACAGAAGGAAGGAGCUAGGAAAAGUGCUGAUUGAUUUAUCAAAAGAAGAUCUGAUUAUGGGCUUCUCACAAUGGUAUGAGCUCACUCCAGAUGGACAGCCCAGAAGUUGAUGAUGAGCAACAUAAUCAUCUUUAUAUUAAAAUGUGUAUAUAUGUAUAGUUUGUAAUUUAAUUCAGAACAACCAUUUGAAAAUAUAUAUACAUACAUUCUUGUGUGAAUUUAACUGGAUAGUAAACUAGAGGUAAACAUAAGUAAAAGCCAGAACUACUCUCUCUUGGUUGGAUUUAAUUGUUCAAAUCCCAAAAGAAAUGGGGUAUUCAUGGCUAAUCAAUUAUUAGAACCUCAGCAGUGAUUUUUUUCACUUUUGAUAGGUAAUUAUAGACCAUCUGACUUAGGCCUUGCCUGAAUGUAUGUGUCAAAAGUGCCCUAUCUGAGGCAUAGGGUGUGGGGAGGAGGCUUCUUUUAUGAGACUAAAAGGUAACCCACCUCCAAAUUGCCAAAAGAUAACACUAGCUAAGCCCACUGCCACCUCUGGUACUCCUCUGCCUGGGGAUUUAUUCCUGUAUCUGAAUUGGAACUAAAAUGUAUUUUUUUCAGAUGGGGGGAACAAUGAUAUACCUAAACACCUUGAGUUAAAUACUCCAGUGUGGAUGGCCUGGGACCAAACUCCAGCAUGUGGCAUUAUUUCCAUAGGAAAUGCAGGCCAGGUUCCAGACUCAGGUCUAUGUCUGCACUCCCCUAGCAGAGCUGGACUCUGCUGCAAUCAGUGCCAGAGGGGCUUUCUGUGUCCUCUCAGACAGAUGUGGAAAUUCAGCUUCACUUUUCUAAGAGACAGCUGGUUCCUCUAAUAACAUGUAAAAAGCAAACCAUGUAAACUGUAUAUUUAAAUAAGUGCCUCGUAGAGAGCAGAGUGGUGCAGCGGAAGCGUGCUGGGCCCAUAAAUAAGUGCCUCUUUUGCAUUUCAAACUAUAAAACCAAAUAUUCUUGUUCUCAGCUGUGCCUUAUCCACUCAGACAAUGCCCCGUUGCCAUCAGUUUUCUCUCCCCACUACUGCAUUUGCUGCAGCUUUUCUAAGAAUAGUAACAUCUUAAAGCACAGUUUACUGUUAUUCUCAUUUAUAAAUUAUCUAUGAUUUUCUCUUUUCUAUAAGGUUAAAGCCCAUUUGCCUUUUAAACCUAACAUAAUCUAAUCUCCAGUUUUUUGCUACUUUAUUUGCUCUAUUCUAGAAUAGUCCAAAUAUUACCUCCUGCUUAUUAAAAUCCUACUCAGCUCUUAAAGGCCUAUCUCAAAUCCACCUCCUCCACGAGGCCAAUCCACACUGAAAUGGCCUCUCGCCACCACCUAUAGUAUAGCAAUACUGUCAAUACUGUGCAUUUUUCAUUUUAACAAUUCCCUGUUACAUUUAAUUUUAAAAAGUUUACUAGGUAUCUAUAUGCUAAGCAACUGCUUGUAUUGUGUUUGGUAUUUUUUGUUUCCGUUUACUCUCCAAUUGAACUAUAAAGGAACCUCGGUUCUUGAACUUAAUUCAUU